ACACAACCUGGGAACUUUCUUUGGAAAACCCCAAUUUGCUCGGCACACACAAAUUUUUCUGAGGCGCGCAAGAUCUCUUCCCUAGUGGACACCAGUGUACAGGCUCGCGAUAUCCCCUCCAAGACUCGAGCUGCAACCGUAUUCGGCCUCACCACACGACAACUAACCCCAGGUCCCUAUCACAAUUGCCCAGCAUGUCUGACGGCGGCGUCGAGGUCGAGACUUCCCAGUACCAGGUCCUCCCCAAGGACGUGGUUGCCGAGAUUGGCAGCAUCAAGCUGUUCAACCGAUGGAGCUACGAGGAUGUCGAGAUCCGUGACAUUUCCCUGACCGACUACAUCCAGAUCCGCUCGCCGGUCUACGUUCCUCACUCUGCUGGUCGCUAUGCCGCCAAGCGCUUCCGCAAGGCCAACUGCCCCAUCAUUGAGCGUCUCACCAACUCGCUCAUGAUGCACGGCCGCAACAACGGCAAGAAGCUCAUGGCUGUCCGCAUCGUUGCCCACGCUUUCGAGAUCAUCCACCUGAUGACCGACCAGAACCCCAUCCAGAUUGCUGUUGACGCCAUUGUCAACUGCGGUCCCCGCGAAGACAGCACCCGUAUCGGUUCCGCCGGUACCGUCCGCAGACAGGCCGUCGAUGUUUCGCCCCUCCGCAGAGUCAACCAGGCCAUCGCCCUCCUCACCACCGGUGCUCGCGAGGCUUCUUUCCGCAACGUCAAGUCCAUCGCCGAGUGCCUUGCUGAGGAGCUGAUCAACGCCGCCAAGGGCAGCAGCAACUCUUACGCCAUCAAGAAGAAGGACGAGCUGGAGCGUGUCGCCAAGAGCAACCGAUAAACGGUUUCAACCUCUUGACAAUAGAAAAAACACACUCAACCUCCAUCGCACGCCUCUGCGCGUGCAAUGGAGAAAGGUUCAUUCCAAAAACAACAAACAACACUCUCUGGGGUUUCUUCGGCGCGGACGAUCUGGGCAUUUUACUACUACUACUGCAUUUGCGCGUUUACGGCUCAGGCGGGAUGUGGUUUCAUGGCAUACAAGUCACGUAGAGCUGCUCGAUGAAAAAGGCUCUGCUCGAGGAAUGGGC